UGUCACUCCUCUAAUUUCACUGUCUCUCCAACCUCACUUGCCUGUCUCAGUCCCAUUCUUCCUUCAUCUCUCUACACCUGCGUCUCCUUCUUCCUGUGUAAUUCCCUAUCCACCCUUCCCUCUGUAAUUUCCAGCCUCCUUUUUUCUCCAUACUGUGUUAUCCCCUCCCUGUCUCUGCCUGUGCUUCCACCUCCUUGUUCUAUCAAUCCACCCUAUCUCUCUUUCCUCCCCUCCCCAUCUCUCCUCUCUGCCUGCCUCUCUCACACACAGACCUGGAACUGCUUAAGGGAUGAGUGCAGGGUAACUGGAGGAAAAUCUGUGUGUGAGGGGGUCACACCAAUGGUCCAGCAGAACAGGAUGGCAAGGACCCCGUCCAGCUCAACACAGGAGAUCCAGAUGGAUGUGUUAGAGGGGCACAGUCUGCAGGCUAAAUAUAAAAGAAAAAGUCGGUUCAAGCGAUCAGAUGGCAGCACCAGCUCCGACACCACCUCAAACAGUUUUGUGCGGCAGGGGUCAGCAGAAUCAUACACCAGUCGUCCUUCAGAUUCAGAUGUAUCCCUUGAAGAGGAUAGGGAGGCUCUGCAGAAGGAGGCAGAACGCCAUGCUUUAGCACAACUGGAGAAAGCCAAGACCAAGCCUGUGGCUUUUGCGGUACGGACGAAUGUGGGAUAUAUCCCAGCACCCGGGGAAGACACUCCAGUACAGGGGAUGUCUAUCAACUUUGAUCCCAAAGAUUUCCUUCACAUCAAGGAGAAAUAUAACAAUGACUGGUGGAUUGGGCGAGCAGUGCGAGAGGGUUGCGAGGUGGGUUUUAUCCCUAGUCCUGUCAAACUGGAACACAUGAGAAUGUUGCAAGAACAGAAGAUGAGACAGAGUCGGCUCAGUACAAGUAAAUCCAUUGGGAACUCAAACAGUUUAGGUGACGUUGUCAGUGGUACCCGCAGACCAACACCCCCUGCCACAGGUCCCCUGGAAUCCCCAUUAGCUUAUGACUUAGAUCCUGCUGAUUUAGAAUAUGAUGAGACAGAGCCUCAUGUUCCUCAACACACCCCAAACAGCAGCACUGGAAGUGUAACAACCCCCCCAUCCACUACCAAACGUGUUCCUUUCUUUAAGAAGACAGAGCACAUCCCCCCAUAUGAUGUAGUUCCUUCUAUGAGGCCAAUCAUUUUAGUUGGACCCUCGCUAAAAGGAUAUGAGGUCACCGAUAUGAUGCAAAAAGCCUUAUUUGACUUCUUGAAACAUCGCUUUGAUGGAAGAAUUUCCAUAACUCGGGUCACAGCUGAUAUAUCCCUGGCCAAACGUUCCGUCCUGAACAACCCCAGCAAGCACAAUAUCAUGGAGAGAUCUAACACGCGUUCUAGUCUGGCGGAAGUACAAAGUGAGAUCGAGCGUAUCUUUGAAUUGGCACGGACACUUCAACUGGUUGCUCUUGAUGCUGAUACCAUUAACCACCCAGCUCAACUUGCGAAGACUUCACUGGCACCAAUUAUCGUCUACAUUAAGAUCACCUCUCCAAAAGUAUUACAUAGGCUGAUCAAAUCCAGAGGGAAGUCACAAGCGAAACAUUUAAAUGUACAGAUGGUGGCAGCAGAUAAACUGGCUCAGUGCCCUCCAGAAAUGUUUGACAUCAUCCUGGAUGAGAACCAGCUGGAAGAUGCCUGUGAGCACCUGGCAGAAUAUUUAGAAGCCUACUGGAAGGCCACUCACCCACCAAGCAUUAACCCACCCAAUCCACUGCUCAAUCGCACUCUUGCCACAGCAGCCCUGGCUUCCAGCCCUGCACCUGUCUCCAACCUCCAGGAUCCAUACUUGGUUCAUGGGGAGUUGAGAUCGGAAGGAAAUGAGCGGUCAGGUGUGUACGAGGGGCAGCUGCGCAGAAGUCAGAUGGGCUCCCGAAUCCUAUCCCGACAUGACACACUGGAGUCGGAGACACAAGGCAGCCGAGACUCCGCAUACACAGAACCAGGAGACUCCUGCAUGGACAUAGAAACUGACCCUUAUGAGGACCCAGAGCCCAAAGGCCACGGUGGCUCCUUUCAAGGUGGCGAGCAUGGGCGUCUUCAGCGACAGGGGUCCUGGGAAGAAAUGGGCCCAGAUCAGGAAAACCUGCAGCAAAGGAGGAGGAGGGAAUCCCCAAGACCUCAAGUAAAGGGGAGAGAGCAGUAUUGGCAUGAAGGUGAAGGCAGGAACAGGGUUCAGAUGGACAGCUGGGGGAGAGAUGUUUGUAUUCGCUAAUGGGGAAAACAUCCGUCUGAAACAAAGCCUGGAAUUAAGUAGUUAGGCCAUCAAACUCUGGCAUACAUCACAUAUGCCGUGUACGCCUUCCUCCAACUACACUAGACUCCUUCCAGAACACCUUUAUAAAUACACAACUUACAUAUUUCCUUAUACCUUCUUUUCUUGUGACCAUCAUUACAGGAAUCAUGACACGGUAAUGUAUGACCCUUACGGUACGUUACCACAGCUCUAUCACACCCUCAGAAAGGCCUUCUAUUUCCUCUAUUUGUACAUUGGAGUCUAACAGCAGCACUUGUUCCAGAACUAACACUGCCCUCUGCCCAUAGUUCUGCAUUGAUACUGCCAUAGGAUACACUCGCUGUCCUCUUCCUCAAAAAUUGAUGUCAUCCCAAUGGCAGAUCUAUGGGGUAAUAAUAAUAUUCACUAUCAGUGUGGUAAAGUAUUUUAGGAUGAAUUUAAAUACUUUAAUAACAGGUGUUCGGGUGGCAUAUUUUCUCUUGAAAAAAUUACAUUAUUUUAAAUGAAGGUUUUAAUGUAAAGAAGCGAACUCAAACAAAUCUGUUAACAUUGUAAUGUAUGGUGAAAAGGCGUUACCUCUUAAUGCCAAUUAUCUGACCAAUGACUAGUUCUCCUUAUCAAUUCCAUAUGGACCUGACCCUCAAGCAAUCUGACUGAAUAAACCAUGAUAAUGCAUUCAUUUCACUUCAACACUGCCAUCUCAUGCACUGCACCAGCACUGCCAUCUCAUGCACUACACCACAACUGCUGUCUCAUGGACUGCACCAACACUGCCAUCGCAUGCACUGCAUCAACACUGCCAUCGCAUGCACUGCGUCAACACUGCCAUUGCAUGCACUGCACCAACACUGCCAUCUCAUGCACUGCACCAACACUGCCAUCUCAUGCACUGCACCAACACUGCCAUCUCAUGCACUGCACCAACACUGCCAUCUCAUGCACUGCACCAACACUGCCAUUUCUCAUGCACUGCACCAACACUACCAUCUCAUGCACUAGCACUGCCAUCUCAACACUGCCAUCACAGGUAUUGUACGAACGCUGCUGUCUCAUGCAUUGCACCAAUAAUACUGACAGCACUGCACCAACACUGCCUUCUGACACCCUCACUGCAUUAGCACUGCCUUUUGUCUCCCACUGCACUGGAAAUUCCCUCUGGCAACUUUGGUUCACAAGAUACACUACUGAUUCCUUGUUAGCGCCCUGCUGUCCUGUCAUUCACUGAAAUCCCCACUCCCAGAUGUAUAGGGAGAACAGUAUGACUUCCACAUCCUCAAACCUUUGGACAUGAUCCUCUAAAACACUUUUGGUUAACCCACCCCCAGUUGAAUGUGCAUUCAGGCCAACCCCAGCCUGAUUACUUCUGGGGUACAUGGAGGGUCAGUGGGGGAGAGGAUUUCACUCACUGUGUGCCAUAAAGGUAUUUUCUGGAGAGAAAGGAGCUUAAACGGAAUGUAUUAACCCAUCCAUGCCUAAGGGACCUGCUACAAUGCUAAGCAAUGAAGCACUAAGCUGGAACCUAAAUGGUAUCACUACGUUGCACUGUUGUAAAGCCAGGAUGUAAAGCAUUGGCUCUAUACAUUGUGCCUGCAUAUAGUUAUAUCUUCGCCUGCAGUUUUUAUUUCUUGUUCCAUAUUUUUGUUUCUAAAAAGACAAUCCAAAAACAGAUGACUUGCUAUAUAUACUCCCUUCUCAAACUCUCUGCGCGACCUGGGGAAUGAUGUUCCUUGCUUUUCCCUGGCUGAUUCCACUUAAGUUGGUAUUGUUAGUGGAGUGUCCGGAGCUCCAGUCUGGGAUAACACAGCAGCAGCUGGAGGAUCCUGUAUAUGCAGCACUGACCUAUAUUGGUGUAUAAUUCAUUAGCAACAUAAAAAUAUAGAUGUAACUAAAGGUUUGCAUGUUUCCCUAGUGCCAAAAAGUCUGGCUAAAUGUUUAAGGUACUAAAGUGAAGUUGCAUUAUCUAGACAACAGUCGGUUAUCCUAAGUGUUUACAUAUAUAUAUAUAUAUAUAUAUAUAUAUAUAAACCAUAUAUUUCAAUAUUAUGUGUUUGUUAUACCUUAUCUCUUAGUUUAGGACACUUAUUUUUAUGAAGACUUGUUAAUUGCCUGUUUACUAUGGUUUCUGCAUAUGCUUUAUUUAUAAUUUACUAUAUAAAAAAAAAGCCUGACUGUUUUUACAUGUCCUUCACCAUCUUUUACUGAGCACAUUGCUUUAUCUUCCUGUCUAUCUGCUGACACUUCAGCAAUGCAUUUAUAUCAUCAGCCCCCACCCCUCUUUUUUACCUAUGUUUACAACAAAGCUCUGCUGUACUUUAUACGGUUUUUACAGUUAUAUGCAGAGAUCAACUUCCAGAAGGAAGCAAGGAUAAAGCAAUGCAUUUCAGUAAAUUAAGCAUGUUAAUUAAAAACAUCUAGAGGAGAAAAUGAAACACCAGUUAAGUUCCAUUCAUGUUUGAUUGACAAGAAAUAAUUGAUAUUUGGAAGCUUUGUCCACAGAGUGUUUAUACAUAAAUUCCAGAACUAAUGUUAAAGAACGGCAUUUCUUCUGUAUAACUGUAAUUGACAGUCUACCCUGUAUUGUAGAUCUAAUGCUUGUGUUUUACCAUCUACACCACACUAAUACAAGUGAUUAACUACAUUGUAGGCCAGGCUUAGGCAGCCAGUGUGUAUUCAGCUGUCAUGGAACCAAGUGGAGCACAUAGUUCUAUAACAGUUUCAGAAAUACAGAUGGUCUAUACCAGUAAUGUGAAGGGCAUAAAUUUAUAUGCCACCUGCCGAAGUUGUGCCCAGGCCUGCAUGGCUGUUAUUACUAUGUUAAUGUAUGUGAUACCUUUGGCUCUAAGUGUUGCUUUUUGGGUUUGCACUACAGCUUACAAUUUUGCAUGGGGAGACUAAUGUGAACUUUUAUUCUUACAUCUGAGCUAUUUGUACGGGUAAAAAAUGAUAUAUAUGAACUCAAAUUUAGUCAUACAAAGUUUUUUUUAAAGUCUGAAAUGAACACUGUAUCGUAAGUAAUCAAGUGUUUGUAACCUGACUCUUGUCUGGAUAAUGUCUGUAUUACAUUUGCUGAAUGUGUUUGAAAACUAACAAAAUAAGGGGAGUGUAUGUAUAUCAUGUACUAUAUGUGUGUGUGUGUGUAUGUAUGUAUGUAUGUAUGUAUGUAUGUAUAUAUAUAUAUACGUACGUACGUAUGUACGUACGCAAGCUCUGUCCCUGCACGCGAUAAUUGAUACAUCCAUGCAAUGCAGUCUAUUAUUGCAGUGCGUAUUGGAUCGUUUUUAUCACAUCUCAUCCGCAUACUCAGAUGUGGAUGGUGAUAAAUCGUCCCCUAUAUGAGUUAUAGCAUGGAUAACAAUUUCUUCAUGUGAAGUCCACUAGACGAAAUGCGUUUGGGCUGCCCUUGAUUGACCUCUUGCUCUUACUGUAUAAGAUAAGGGAUUUAUACCAACCUUUUUGAUACUUGUGACAUUCAGCACUUUGAUAUGUAUUUUUUUCUUUUUUUAAAUGUAUUAUGUAGUGUUUUUAAUAAAUAGUUAUCCCUGCUAUAACUCAUAUAUGAAUCCUUCGGUAGAUUGAUCCGGUGACAUAUUUGUUACAUGGUGUGGGGCACCAGUGGUCGCUGUUUACUCAUCAUUUGUGCAAAUACACACACACAUUUUAUAUAUAUAUAUAUAUAUAUAUAUACAGAACAAAUGAGGCGGCACUCGGAGUCUGAUGCAAAU